UGCGUCGGCGGCACGCGCACGCGCACCUUGCAAACCCGGCACCUGCGGACCAUGGACCACAUCUAUGAUCUUACCCCUGGUGACACCAUCUAUGACGUCCCUCCUCCCGGUGACCUCAUCUAUGACCACCCUCCCGAAGAUGACGACGAUUAUGAGGCCAUCAAAAGCUGGACGCAAGAGACAGAAAACAUCUACGAAGAGCUGAGUUUCAGCCCGGCGCCGGGCAGCAGUGGUCAGCUGAAGCGGACUCCGCCACCCAGCCCCCCGGACGCCACGCCUCCCGGCAAUCCCAGCAGCUCUGAGAGCGGCGCCGCAUUGAAGCGGGAGCUCGCCGUGCAGGAGAUCGUCCACACGGAGACGAUGUUCCUGCACCACCUGCGCCUGUGCGUGGACUUCAUGCUGGCGCCACUGCGCGAGACGCAGGUGGAGGGCCUCGACGUGAGCCUGGUGUUCGGCAACAUGGAGGAGAUCAUUGGCGUGUCACAGAACCUUCUCCAGGCCCUGCACGACUGCACACGGGGCGGCUCCGAGUCGCACAGCACCCUGGGCGAGGUGUUUGAGAAGUUCUCCCCGGACAUUGAGGCGGCCUACAGGCCCUACUGCCAGUACUAUGAGGAGGCCGCCGCCUGCCUCAAGUGUUGCCGCGGCAACCCGGCCACCAACGCCCGCAUCGAAGCCUGCGAGGCACAGCUCGCGGCCCAGCUGGGCAUGAACGCGGACCUGAGCUUCAUGCUCAUCAAGCCGGUGCAGCGCGUGAUGCGCUACUCACUGCUGCUGCAGGCGGUGCUGGAGCGCACGCCCGAGGGGCACCCGGAGCGCGCCGCGCUGAGGCGCGCCGUGCGGGCGCUGCUCGAUGUCAACUCGAGCAUCAACGAGCAGAAGCGGCGCACCGACCAGGUGCUCAAGUACCGCCGACAGGAGGCGAUGCCGCUGGUGGAUCGGCUGUCGCGGCUGAACCUGCACACGCUGCAGAAGAAAGGGGCGCGCCUGAGCCAGCAGUUCCGAACGGCCACGGGGCUCUCCGCACUGCCCGCGGAUGAAGAAUUUGAGAAGGUGCACGACUCGUUCCUCGCCCUGCACCGCCUCGUCGGAGCCCUGCUGCAAGGGCUGGAGGGGUACCUGCUGCAUCUGCAGGGCCCCCAGGAUGCGUGGCUGGCGGCCGCACCCGGCCUGCGGGUGCUGUGGCCCGAGCGGGACGUGGCCGAGCCGCUCCGCGCGGCGCUCCACGCCAUCGCCGAGAGGCACAUGCAGCAGCUGCGUUCGCGCCUGGAGAGCCGGGUGGUGCCGCUGCUGAGCGGCGCCCACCACGCCUUCGCCAUGCCCCAGCUGCUGGUCCAGAAGCGCUUCGACAAGCUGCUCGACUACGGCCGCUGGAUGGAGAACGCCGGCUCGCUGGAUGAUGCGCAGCAGCCCCUGGAGCUGUCGCGGCGUGAGUACGAGGCCCUCAACAUGCAGCUGCUGGAGGAGCUGCCGACGUUCUGCCGCUGCGUGGCCGCGCUCGCACUCGGCGCCAUCCAGGGGCUCGUCCGAGCCCACCGAGCGUUCAUCGGGGCCGCCGCCGCGGAGAUGGAACCGCUCCGAGAGAUGAUGAACAUCGAGGCCGGGGACCCAAACAUCCUCCCGUACUUCCUCAGCGCCAGCGCCAGGCACGGGGACAUCCUCUCGCGCCUGCAGUUUUCUGCAGACGCCAUGAUCCUCCUGCCGGGCUCCACCCUCCCCUCUCCUGCCGCCAGGAGAGACUCGAGCACCAGCGGCUCUGCUAGCCCCGCGUCGCCGGGGCCCGUCCUGCCCCCAAAGCUGGCGCAGUACCCGGCGGAGCAGCUGCACCUGGUGACGGCCAACACGACGCCGCUCAAGCAGACCGACCUGCGGCUGAGCCGCGGCGCGCUGGUGGCCGUCGUCACGCGCCACGACACGCAGGGGAACUCGCAUCGCUGGCUCGUCGACAGCGGGGUGUCGCGUGGUUUCGUGAAGUCCUCGCUGCUCGUGCCGUACAAGGCGGCGGGAUUCUCCUCCUCUUCCUCCUCCUCCUUCUCCUCCUCCUUAUCCUCCUCAUUCUCCUCCAUGGCGAUCAACCUCAGCGUGCCAUCCAUCUUCGUAUCCGGCGACUCGCCACCUGGUGACGGCAUCUCCAAGCGAGCGCCCAGAGCGACGCCCUCGGGCGGCAGCGCCUCCCGGCUAGCGCAUCGGCCGAGCGGCGCCCUCGACGCCAAGCGGGGUGGCCUCGGCCUGGCGGCGGCACCGGCGGUGACUUUGCCGACGCCAGGGGAGCCUCAACCCGGCAGGCCCGGCAUCGCCGAUUCGCACAACGAAAUGCUGCAGCCGGGGGACGACCGGCCGCGAUCGGCGUCGGUCUACAUGGAGCGUGGCUAUGGGUGGGCGGUGCCCGAGGAUGGUAGCGGUGACGAUGGUGGCGGUGACGGCGGUUGGGGCGGUACUGGUGGUGGUACUGCCACCAUGGACGGCGGGGCCGAACACUCGCCGGCAGGCCAGGCGAGCGGCAGGAAGCACGUGGCCCAGGGGAGACGCUGGACCAUGGGGCCGAGGGCCGAGAGCGAAGGGGGGCAGCAACCGUCCGGUGCGGUGCCGACCGCCUCUCCGCUGCCAUCGGACGGACAGGAGUGGUGUGCGCUGUUCAAGUUCUCGGCGCAGGGCGUGGGCCAGGCGAGCGUGCUCGCGGGGCAGCGCGUGCGCGUGCUGCACACGAGCGACCUCGCGGGGAACCCACAGUGGUGGCUCGUGGAGAGCGACGGCGGCCACCGGGGCUACGUGCCCGCCAGCUUCCUCGGCACCAUGCAGCGCUAGCAGCGCUCCGCUAGCCUCUCCCCCUCUGCUAGCCUCUCCCUCUCUGCUAGCCCCUCUAUCUUCUAUCUGCUCGCACACCACUAGCCCCUCUCUCUGCUUGCGCUCUGCUCAACUAGCCCUCUCUCUCUGCUUGCGCUCUGCUCCACUAGCCCCGCUCUCGUCUCUGCGAGCCCGACUCUCGUCUGCGUUGUGCGUCUCGCCAGUGGUGGGAGCCGGGCCGAGAGGUCCCCCCACAGCCCGGGGGUGAGGGCGAUGGAGGGAUCAUUGCAGGGCCAUGCGAGACGGCGGCGGCAUGGGGGGGGGAGGCCUUCAUCCAGCAGUGGACUGAACAUAGCCGAUGAUGAUUUCAGACACUUUAACGAUUUCGAUUGUCAUUCAUAUCAUCAGAGCAUAGAUUUAUAACUUCAUUCAUAGUAUGUUACCCAAUUCGGCCUGUAAUUUACACAAACAAUUUGUGUCAAACAAACGACCUAUCCCAUAAACAUUUACAGAUUUUAUGAAUUGCGUUCAACAGAUAAUUGCGUUAAACAUGACACUGCAGGUGUAUGUGUGUGUGUAUAGGUGCUCGCUAAAAGCACUUGCCCCAACAGUCUGUUCAGCCUAUACAGGGGAUCUUUUUUAUAUGUAUAUAUAAUGGUGGGGAGCGGUAGUGUAGCGGUUGGCAUGCUGUGCUACAAGCCCGGCGACCCGAGUUCGAUUCCUGCUCACGGCCAACACCAGUUGCAGUUAUCUGAUCCAGUGCUGAGCCUCCCCUGGAUCGACUCGGCCUCAAAUGAGUGUUCAGUGCGAUGUGAAAACAUGGCCACGAGGGAGACAAAGGCGGCCGGGCGUGAUGCUGGCCUCCCACCGCCUCGUGUGCCGUGCUGGCCUUCAUAGGUGCUCGCUUACAGUACUUGCCCCAACAGUCUGUUGAGACCAUUCAGGGGAUCCUUGUCUUUGUGUAUAUAUGUAAAAUGGGAUUAUGGUAGAAUCGUGACUGUGUGAGUCUGCCUAAUCUAUGGAGCAAUGCUCGUGGUUGUGCUUUCCACGCACCAGCCGGGCAGCAGCAGCAGUACCUCGCGAGUUGGUCUACUGUCUGGCCGGUGGCGGGGGUCAGAGGGCGCGUGGCUCGUCGUGGUGAACGCUGCGAUUCCACCGUCCCUCUCGAGUCAAUCAAAUCUGUAACACUUUGUGGGGAAGUCGAGACGGCGGAUAAAAUUCGUCGUCCCCAACCCCCGUAGAAAUGUGGAAUUAAUAGCACUGGCUGGGGCCUGGAAAUUGGAGCGAUCAUUCCCAAGAUUUGUAACACGCCUUGUUGGGCUAAAGGCAGAGACGGAAGCACUUAUGGCGCUGAGAAAAUUAAACUGAACUCAACUCACCAGAAGAGAAAAUAAAUGUUUCUCGUCCGGACUGAAGAGCGGGUAACGGAUACUGUUCCAGACACCGAGGCUGCAGGUGUUAAACUCCAUUCUGCUGCUGCCCUAAGCCGAGUGGACUUCACACAGCAGCAAGAGCAGCAGCAGCAGGCCCAUAGCAGAUGAGCGUAGGUGAUGAUAUGCGCUUGUGAGAGGUGGGGCCAUCCAAACAGCUCUGGCGCGACGCUGGAGACGUUUGCCGAGGGCAUCGUUUACUCCGUACAGCAAGCAUCGAGUUGCAAUCGUCAAGGCGAGAGUGGGACCGAGAACGAAUCCCUGUGGGAUGCCAAACGGAGACAGGAUGAUGGUGGAGACAGGACGACGGUCCAUCUUUGGUGAAGAUAAAACGGCCGGAUGAGUGCAGGAGGACACCGUGAUCGAUGGGGACACAAGUGGCCAGAAUGUUCAGUCCGCCCACCCACAAUGGACAUCCACCAGGAGAUCGUGGAAAAUACCCACGGCCGUGGUGUCGGUGGAGCAGAGGGAUCGGUAAGCGGACUGAAGUUCAUCGAGCGAGCUCCGUGUGUGGCCUUAGCCGUGCCAGUUACACGAGCCGCUCAUCUCCUCUCGAGUUCGUAGAAAGAUUGGAGAGUGGCCCGAUGAUUUGCAACUUCGCACCUGACAAGAUUGUCUUCAGGAGUGCAGAGAUUUGGCACUUGUCCAAAUGGAAAGCAAAGUGCAGGAGAGACGGGUGAGACAGGCAUGAGGCCAUCACGGACCGUUGCUCUCUGCAGGCUUUCAGGAACGUGAUCGGGGAAAAUAGCAAGCAGCAGAGAGGCCUUCGUUGGCAGUUCUUCCAUGAUCUUCACUCCGUGUUGUAUUGCCUAUGCAAGUGGCUCAUAUGUCUACGUGCAGCGAUGAUGUAACCGUGUAUGUAAUAAAUGUGAAUGUGGCAAUGUCAUUUUUUGAGGCAUUUAAUUCUGGGCGCAUUCAUAGACUUUCAUUUAUCUCGUUUGAGCAGGUUAUAAAUAGCAUUCUAAGUAAUAAUGGUGACGAUAAUUAUAUCGUUCAGGUCAUAUAACAUAUAUACACAUUCUGUACACGGUACUUUGCUUGUUGGUGUGAAGUAUAAACUCAUCGGAUAUUCAACGCGAGUCUGUAUAAGCUUCCACAAAACUUGGCCGGUCGCCUACUGUGCGUGCCGCGUUCGGCGCCCGAGUGUGCACAAAAUUAUCUCGUGUCCGU